AUGCGCAAAAGAAACCAGAGGAAGGAGCUCCGAAGAUUGUUAGUCACUUAACUUUCAAUUUAACUUUUGUCAAUCUCGAAAACUUCUUCCAAAUUCAAAACCUUUUUGCGUUUUUUAAAACUAAAAAUGACUUUCUCAACGACUUUAUCCUUCAAAUUUUUCUAUUUUCCUGUAUCCUCGGAAUUUCCAGCAAGUCUACAAUGCUACUGGAUAAACGACCGAUUGACAAUUUUCAAACUGGAAGUCCUCAGCAUGAAGCCGUUCUUAGUUCAGUACCACGGUCUGAUACAUCGGAGACUAUGCAAACGCGCCGUCAACGAAACACAGAAUUUAUCUCUUUUUGAACAAGUAAUUUUUUGCAUUAACUUGUUCAAAGUUAGUGAACUAUAACCAAAAAUUUUGAAGUCAGUCGCCGGCGAUCAAGAGAAAAAGCCCCAAAAAUCCAAACAUCGUGCAGCCAAUGGGACUUGGAUAGCUCACCGAAGAUCGAAAAGUUUCCGGCAAAUCUACACCCAACUUCAAAGAAAUAUUCUAGCUUUAGACUUGCGGUCUUCUGAACACUGGCAGGUUAUAUUUCUUAGGGAAAUCAUAAAAAUUAUGAAGUUUUUUUCAAAGGUCCUCUCAUACAAUAAAGAAGGACAUUACGCUCCCCACUACGACUACAUGAACCCAAAAACCAACAACGCCAUUGUCAACCUAGCUGGGAAUCGCAUCGCAACAGUUUUAGUGAUCCUUCAGACAGCUAAACUUGGGGGAAGUAGACUGAAUAUAGUGAAAAACCACCAGAAUAUCCUAGUUUAGCAACGGUUUUUCCGAAGUUGGGAGUGAACAUAAGACCCAAAAUCGGAGACGUCAUUGUUUGGAUCAACAUUCUGCCGAACUCUCUCGCGGACCACGACACUCUCCACGCGGCAUGUCCGAUACUUGACGGUGUCAAAAUAGGUAAACUUUUAUUACUUAAAAUAUGUAAAGAACAUUCAGGAGCCACUCUCUGGGUGCACGAAUAUCACCAAGAACAAAGACUUCGAUGUUCCAUCGACAGCGAAUAUUUCAACACGGAACGCUUUUUCAAACCAUUUCUCAGCGCCGCUGACUAUCAGCUUACGCGUCAAUAUUUUGAUUAA